AUGGCUGAGACCCAGGCCCAGGCAACCCCCGAGGUUGACUACACCCUCAACAACCCCGACACCUUGACCAAGUACAAGACUGCCGCCACCAUCUCCCACAAGGUUCUUGAUGCCGUCUCAGCAUUGUGCGUGGAGGGCGCCAAGAUCGUCGAGAUCUGCCAGAAGGGUGAUCAGCUCCUCGAUGAGGAGAUCGCCAAGGUCUACAAGGGCAAGAAGAUUGCCAAGGGUAUCUCUCACCCCACGACGGUCUCUCCCAGCUCUUUCGUGACCCCCUACACCCCUCUGGUCUCCGACGCGCAGGAGGCCGAGACCGCCCUCAAGGCCGGCGAGAUCGUCAAGAUCCAGCUCGGUGCUCAGAUCGAUGGCUUCGGAACGAUCGUCUGUGACAUGGUCACCGUCGGCCAGGACGAGGUGACCGGCCGCGAGGCCGACCUUCUCCUCGCUACCCACUACGCCAAUGAGCUUCUCCUGCGUCUGAUGGUGCCUCCCGGUCUUCUGGCCACUGGCUCCGAUGAGGAGAAGGCUAAGGCCGCCGCCCAGAAGGCCCCCACCCAGGCUCAGAUUUCCCAGCUUGUCGAGAAGGUCGCCAAGGCCUACGACUGCAACGUCGUCGAGAACACCACCAGCUGGCUGUUUGAGCGCAACGAGAUCGAGGCUGAAAAGAAGAUCAUCCUUGCCCCUGGCGCCGGUGUCCGUGGCGAGGGUGUUCCCGACGUUGGUGAAGUCUGGGGUGUCGAGAUGGGUCUGUCCCUCGGCUCCGGCAAGGUCAAGAACCUGCCUCUUCGUUCCACCCUCCACCGCCGUACCACCACCACCUACAUCCUCAAGCGCCCCAGCUCCCGUCAGACCCUGUCCGAAAUUGUCAAGAAGUUCGGCCAGUUCCCCUUCAGCUUGCGCCAGCUGGAUGACGAGAAGGCCGCCAAGGUCGGUGUUGUCGAGUGUGUCCGUGGCGGUGUCCUGAGACAGUACGAGCCCGCCGGUGACGCCGACAACGCGCCCGUUUCUCGUCUGCUGACCACCAUCGCCAUCACCAAGAAUGGUAUCACGAAGCUCACCGCUCCUGCUGCUCCCGACAUGACCAAGGUCAAGUCGGACAAGAAGAUCGAGGACGAGGAGAUCCUCAAGAUCCUGGAGCGUCCUCUGUCCAAGUCGACCGGCAACAAGAAGAACAAGAACAACAAGAAGAAGGCCGCCAAGAAGGAGUCUGGCGACAAGGAGUAA